UGACAAGUGACAAAUGACAGUUUACAGUAGUGAUAACAAAACAAAUUUUAUUUUGCUAGAUUUAUCUUUAAUUUUAAGAAUAAUAAUUAGUUCAAAUAAAUAUCUUUAUUAUAUAAACAUAAUAUUUCUACUGUUGGUGUAAACAUGUCGGAUGUGGAAGUUGAAGUUCCAACUACAUUCAAAAAACGAAAUUUUAAGAACAGAGGCGGUCGAAAACGUAAAACAUCAAGUUCAGAAGAAAAGAACAGUUCAGAUUCAGAUGAACAGACAGUAGUGCUGCCAACAAAGAGACCACAAAAAGCCAAUCCUAACGUCCAGACCACAGGAGGGCCUAAAAAGCCUAAACAAAAUCUGGACGUUGAUGAUGAAAGCAAUGAUGAAGAAAAGCAAGCAGUCCUUACAACACUAUCGGUACAGCAACAAAGAGAGAAUGCAACAGCUACAUAUGAGCUAGAUACGGAGCUGGAUCGCGAUGCACAGGCCAUCUUUGAGAAGGCACAGAAGAUUAAUGAGGAACUGCACGGACAGGCUGAUGAUAAGAUAUACAGAGGUAUAAAUAACUACGCCCAAUAUUACAAGAAGCGGGAUACAGCAGCGGGCAACGCUAGCUCUGGGUUUGUGAGGAAAGGACCAAUGCGCGCUCCCGCCAACCUCAGGGCUACUGUCAGAUGGGACUACCAGCCCGAUAUAUGCAAAGAUUACAAAGAAACCGGAUUCUGCGGUUUUGGAGAUUCGUGCAAGUUCCUCCACGACCGCUCGGACUACAAGCACGGCUGGCAGCUGGAGCGCGAGGAGCUCGACGCGGGCGGAAGUGGGGACCGGGGCGCUGGGGGAGGGGGAGGUGACUCCGACUACGAGGUGCACAGCGAUGACGAGCUGCCCUUCCGCUGCUUCAUCUGCAGGAAAAGCUUCACGGAUCCUGUGGUCACCAAAUGCAAACACUAUUUCUGCGAGAAAUGCGCUCUAGCGCAAUACAAGAAGUCGACUCGGUGUUACAUUUGCAACGCGCAGACCAGUGGCAUGUUCAACCCUGCCAAGGAGUUGGAAGGGAAGCUCAAGAGACAUGAUGAUGAUGAUGAUGAUGGCGAUGAUGAUGAUGGUAAUGAUAAGGAUGGUAAUGAUGACGAUGAUUAAUAUGUAAAUAAAAUAUAUUACGAUUUA